AUGCGGGGCAAUAUUCUUGCCUCAUUUCUUGAGAUAGACCGAACUGUCGAGGCUUUGACAAUCCAGAAGGAUGACGAGCCCAUCACUGUCGUGUUUGAUUUUCUAUCUCGGACUAUUCGGUCAAGGUCAGAGUAUAACGAAAGAGAGACUACGAGAAAGUUUGGCAUACUUGCGAUUGCCGAACCAUUGGGAGUGGUUUUAGAAAAGAUACGUGUUGUCCGAGAGGAUGACUUCGGAGAUGACGAGGAGCUGUACGGUCGGUUUCAUACGUUCGUUUCUGGGGUCAACGUACCGACACAAAACUCCAGAGAACGAGAACUUUACGACAUUGAGAAACCGAUCCAUGUCAAGGAAGGCGAUGUACAUGAGGUUGUCGACGCGACUGUUUUGAUUUAUGGAGUGGAUCGAAGCCAUGAGAUUUUCGUUGCUGGCUGGCUAAAAGAAAGAGACAUCACUCGAGAUGAUGAUUUAGGUUUCCACCAGAUUUCCGUUGCGGUAGAACGGUUAGACCAUGGACCUGUCGUCUUAUCCUUUCGGAAAAGUGAAACCGACGUCGAGGUUCAUGUCCGCAUCAUUAGAAAUUACUUUGAAUACGUAUCUCGCGAAGACGGGUUUGUACCUCUUAACACUGGCGAUGGUGUUCAUCAUGUCCCUCGGUUUGCAGGUGUCGUUCCGAUGCCACACAACAGAGUUAAAGGGAUUGUCGGCGGUGUUAACAUUCUCCCUGAGGGGCCGGAAUCGGUGAGCAACAGACUGCGGUCUGUAGUGCUACUUGGGAUUGGAAUCGUGCCGCAUGUCGGGGACGUCGUGAGUGGGGUUAUCGAUUUGUUAUGGCCAGAGGAGGAAAUGGAGGUAUGGGACGAGAUCAAAGAGCGUGCUGAAGCUCUGAUGAAAAAUUUGAUCACCAAAGAACGUGUGCACGACAUCGAGAAACGACUACGGGGACUUAAACAGACGAUUGAUGAUUAUCAAAACACGUCGAUAGGCUCCCCAGAGAAGGGCAGCUGGAUGGUCAAUGUGAUAAGCUCCUUGAAUGCUGUUCAACCAUUCUUCCUUGACGACCGCAAUCCGGAGGUCAUGCUUCCAUACCUGGUAGCACUGGCAACUCUUACGCUUGCUGUACGUCGAGAACAGAUUGUGUCUUACAAAGAAAUACACGGAAGGGACGACCGCAAUGCCGACUACAAGCUGAGAGAAAUCCGGGGGCAGUAUGAGGAAUUCCAUGAUGCUGUGGUGAGAGCUAGAAAAGGUGCGACGGAAUGGCGAUUAAAUUUAGUUGAAAUACAAGAGGACGAGGACAAGGACAAGUUUGUCGUGAGCGACGAAUUUUCAGGUUAUGUUUCUGACAAAUACAAGGAUCACCCUGGGAUGUUAUACGAGAAUAUCAAGGAAUGUGUGCAGAACGAUUUCAGACGGCGACUUGACGACAUAACGCUGCCGGCGAAGACAUGGAAAUACAUGAUCCCGGACGCCAAAAAGCGCAAAAUAGUGCGAAAGGAGACACUGAGCGUGAGUGGAUUGUUUCCUGUGGCGGAAUGGAGCGGGGAAGAGGGGUCAGUGGACGGGAUGCGCAUUUCGAAGAUAGUAUUUGUGGUUGAUGACUAUGUGAGAGGCGUUGAGGUAUGGCACGGGGAAUCACUCGGGUUAAGAUGUGGAGACAUGUCGCGAGGGGAGGAGAUGCGGUUGGAGUUGGAUUCGGAUGAAGUAAUCAUUGCGGCAAGCGGGAGGGGGGAAAAAGUGAUGCAUGGGAUGUGGGUGUUUACGAGCAAGGGACGGGCGUUUGGGGCGAGCGGGAAGAAGGUAGGAGGGUAUGAAUGGACAGCAGCGGCGCCGAGCUUGGACGGGUAUUUGGAGAGUGUGUUUGUUGAAAAGGGUGGGAUUGGGUUUAGAUGGCGGCAUUGGAUGGAUGAAUGA